CGCCAAAGAAGAAAAAAAAGCCACACGUCCGAGCGAUGCCACGCGGCGGGGCGGGGCCGGCGUGUGUCCCCCGGCCGCUGGCCUGCCGGUGGGGCCACGGCCCCGGUCCCGCUGCCGAGGGAGGCGGCGCUCGGCCCACGGGGCCUCGCGCUCGCGGGUGCUUCACGUGCGUCGGGAGGGCACGGGGGCGCCGGGGCGACGCCCCGACUGUAUGCCGGACCGGUGCCGGAGGCGGGAGCCGCGGCAUGAGCAGGGGAACGUUCGGAGGCCCGCACGGGUGUCUCGUGUCGGCGCUGGAGCUCAUGUCGGGCGUGGGAUGGCCCGGCUCCGCGUACACCGGGCCUGGCCAGUGGAAGGAACACUGCGACGCACCUGUUUCGGGGCUUCCCGAUCCCAGCUCAGUCGAGACGUAAUGCCACCUCAAGGGCCACAGGCGGCUUCCAAACCCGGCUCAGCAACAAAAAUCUGGCCCUGCAGGAUCCUGCAGGAUCCAGCGCUGGGCCUCAGCCCUGUUUGCGCUGAAGCUCCGCUGCCUGCCGGAUGAGCAUGUUCGUGCCGUGGGCUGUUCUCCAGGGCGUGCGCAGAGUGAUGAUUCUAGGUGGGCCUCGAACGCGCCCGCUUUCGGGCACGGGGUCCAGGCGGAAGAAACAAGAGGCGGGCACUGCCUUCGACUGAGCCCCUUGGCCUAGCCUCGCAACACGCACGCGCCACGCGUGGGCGCUCGCCCACAACAGGGCCACAAACCCAAAGGGGCCAAGGGGUCCGCACCCCGAGGCCGUGGGGGACAUAAAUAUUGAAGCCCACCACACCCGAGGCGGCGUUUGCCCCGGUGCCCGCGACGACGUCGCCAAGACGACGGAAUACGCGAGGCGGCGACAUACGAAAAGAUGGCCCGCAGAAUAUUGCCUGCAGAGGGACCGAGGACCGAUGGAGGAGGGGGACGGAGGAAGGGGAGGAGGAUCGAGCGAGGAUGAGGAGCGCACGACGAGUCAGCGCAGCAAGUUCUGCACCCCAGCACGGCGGGCAACGAGAAGGCGUGUGCGGCCGUGUGCGCCGCUUGUUCGGCAACAGACCUGUCCUGCCUUACACCUGCAGGGGUUCACUGCGGAAGAGGCGGAGGAGGAGUCGGAGGAGGAGGAGGCGGAGGAGGAGGAGGAAGAGGAGGAGGUGAUUUUUCCCCCGCGGUCGCUGGCGCGCCUCGGCCCUGUGCGGCGAGGAGGCCGCGCGCGCCGGCGGGAGGUGCGGAGCCUCUCCGGGAGGAGUGCGGGGGCAGCCCCCGGGGGCCCUCGCCAGGCUGGACCUCCUCCAAGCAGGGAGCAACGAAUCUCCUCGGCCAAAAUUGUCACGGACCAGGCGAACAAGCCUACACUUCUACGUCUCCUCCAGCCCAUACUUAUGCAAGGGCUCAGACAACACCAGAAGGAUUACAAUGACGAGGAAAACCAGGGCGACAAUUACUCCGUGAGAAUACUUACUGGCUUCACAGCCCCGUAGCUGCGGCACCAGCCAACUACAUGGCAGCGCGCCAGCAUCAUAAGUGCCGUCAAGGCCGCGUGGGUGAUCAGUAUGUGCGGUCGCUGCAGCAUUCUACGGACGCGCAAUCAACGGGAGGAACGCGGGUUGGAUGGAAGCCUUGCAAAACCUUGGGCCUGCGGCGCACGAUGGCCAGCGGACACCAGCACUAACAGCGGGUCGGAGGAAAGGGGGGACAGGGAAGGGUUGGUUAGCGAAUCAGCCUCGCGCAGCUAGCUGCCUCUCCUGGCGCAGGAGGCGCACAUAUAUCCAGGAAAGAUCAUGUCGGCGGGGCCAGAAAAAACCGGCUGCCUGCAUACAUCCACUGGAGGAAGUGCAAGAUGCACAAUCAUGCACGUUCGGAGGACCGCGCCGAUUUCCUCCUGGGUCUGCGCUGGCCGCUUGGCGCGCGGAGAGCGCCAAGGGCAGCGCCGGAGGUGGGCGCCGCCAGGAGGGCUCCAGCGCAGAUCGAAGACACCUGCGCGGAGCUCCGAAAAUAGACGACGACAACAACAAACAGCAACAACAACAGCAACAACAAUAAGAAAACAACAGCAACAACAACAA